AUGCGUCCAUAUGCGACGGAACGAUUUUCCUCUAGGACAUGGGAACAUUUAUUUCAACCAGGUUUUGAACGACAUGUAACAGUUCUUGCAGCUGUACCAAUAAUAUAUUUAAAGCUUAUACUUGACGAUGAAAGAAAAUUAGCACGACAUCCUCAAACAAAAGAAUUUGUUCGUGAACAAUGUUCGCAAACGACUCGUUUAAUGAUGUGUGAUUCAGCUUCAUUACCUGAAAGUAUUCGUCGACGAUAG